UUCACGAUGUUCGGAAAUUUAUACUAGGUUCUUUGAAUCGAUCUCCGUUUCUUGGAAAAAUUCUCUAAUCGAAAUCCGAAUUGUUCUGUUGGUUAAAAGUAAUGUUUUUUUCAAUACCUAGUAAUAUGAACCCGAGGCGUAGUUUUAUUUUUCAUUGUUUCGUCAUCGUUGUUAUUGCUUCCAGUACGAUUCACUGUGUUUUAGGUCUACUAUACGAACCCAUAUACUAUUUGAAUAAACCGGGGGAUCGCAAUUUCGCGUUCCAAGAAGUGGAAUAUAAUGACUCUGGAAAACAUUACGUGCUGAAAACUGGCGAUAAAAAUAAACCAAUAUACACAGCUUGCCCACGUCAAGGGUGGCCUCAUCCUUCUGUGCUUGAAACACAAAACAUAGUGGCCAAAGAAGUAUCUGUUACCCAACAAUGUGAUAUACUUCCUAAACCGCAAGUUUUUAUUUCCAUAAAUCCAAAAGUGUACAGCGCAGUUGGAUUUUUGAUUCGGCAUGUGGAUUGGAGUCAUUAUGCAUCGUAUUAUGUACCCGAAAAUCACGCUGUUAUCGGAUUAAUUUACUUCAAAUUUGAUCCAAUUUACAAUCGAAUUGUAUUUCUAAAAUAUACCAUUGUUGGUGGUAACUUUUUGACGCCAGAUAUUGCUCGUAACAUGGAGAAGAACAUAAAUGUGUUCGGUUAUGAUAUUGACCCUUUAUAUGAACCAGGUUGCCCAUUUGUCAAAGUACCUCUGGCUCCCGUUGCGGAUUUUCUCUUCGAUAGUUGGAAAUUAGCCCCGCAACAAAAUAUCCUAACAGCUGCAAUGUUACGUGUACUGCAACCUCAGUGGCAAGCUUUGGAGAUAUUUAUACGAAAAAUAUCUCAAGUCGUUGAAUUGAUUACGGUAACGACUGGAAUUUUUGGACAUUUGUUAAACUCGCCUUAUGAGAAUGAGAAUUCCUCGUUUGAAUACGUAUAUUUGGAUAAUUCCGAACUUCGACCACCCCAGUAUUUCUGGAAAACCGUCACGUUGGAGUUUACUCACGACAAUAAAGAGUACAAAUCUGGUAUCUUGUUCAUCAUGCAUAAUGUACGAUUUCCGGAUCCGAAUACCAAAUCUGGUGUAAAAAAAUUCUGUUCGCCGAGUGAUAUCGCCAGUAUGGGAUGGGAAUUUUUAGAGGAUGAUCAGUUCAGAGGUCCUAUGUACAGUUGCCCGUUGGAAAAGGAAAUUAUGAAAUUUUUCGGUGAAGAAAUUCAUGGAGAAUUUGAACCUUUUAAUUUGAAUUCACUUACGGUGUUGAUGCUUAAUGAUGAUAAUGACGACGAUGAUGAUGAUGAUGAUGAUGAUGAUAAUAAUUUUAUCGUUAUGAGUAUAAAUGUUGUUGAAGAAAUGAAGAAAUUUGAAAAGGGUCUAAAAUAUGAAGAAGGUGAUGUUUGAAUUUCUCUCGAUAAUAAUUCCAUAUUUUAGGUUAUUGGUAUAAGUAGCUCUCAAAGGUACCCUUUACAAUUCGUCGAUUUCGAUCGAGCUGAAAUACGGAUCUCUGGAAAAAUACGUGCAUACGAGAUCGUGUCAACCACUCCUCAGCUUGGGAGGAAAAUCGAUCGAUUCUCGAUAUUUUAUGCUUACUUUUUCGGUAGAUUUUUUGAUAUGAUUAUUUGACUUGAAAACUUUAGGAUAAAAUCAAUGUUAGGCGAUGACAAAUAAUCUGGAAAAAUAGCAAUUUUUAAUAGAUGUUCCAGAUCGAUUUAAAAAUGGUUGCAAUCGAUUUAGAAAUAUCGAUUUUGAUACACAAACUGAUUUCUAGAUUUUUCUAUCUCAAUAUUUUCUCUUUCGGUAAAAAAAAAAUAUUGUGAGUUACCUAUCUAUUUUAGGCAUUCUCAAAAAAAUUUGAAAACCGGAAAAUCACCUGGAGCAGCUCAGAAAUUGGUUCUAAAAUAUGGGUGACAUGCUCAUUCAGUGAACCAAAUUUCAGUUCGAUCAUAGUUGGGGUAUUGUAAAGGUUCCUUUCUGGGUAAAUUAAUUGCUAAAUUGAAUUAUUUUCCAAUAAUAUGAGAAUUCUUCCUAAUUUUUAUCAAAUAAUUUCAUGAUUUUUCCAUAUUUACUUACUUAUUACUUUUCAAUUCUUGAAACAUGAAAACCUUUUAAUAUAAUGUGUACCUAUUUCCGAGUUACAGUUAAGUUGAAAUAAAGUUUCCCUUAAUAAAAUUCUCCUAGGUAACUG